AAGAAAAAAAUAAUUUCUGGCAUUCGAACAAAAAUAAUAUUUAGUAAUAUAUUUAUUUUCGCCGGAAAAAUUUAGAAAUUAAAUUGAUAUUUAAGUAAAAGGAUGUUUUAGUUCAAAAAUGUUAUAUUUGAGCUGAUAACUUGUGCAAGUGAAUUAUAUUGGGACACAUCACUUGUAUAAGCUGAUAUUUUCACAGCUUCUUUUACACAAACAUGAUAUUGUCGGAAGCAAGACUCAUUCUGACAGUAUGCCUUCUUGGAUUUCUUUCCUCUAUACCCAUUGAAAAACGUAAAUCUUUGCACCGUUAUAAGAGAACUAUGAAGCGUGACAAUGUUGUAUUAUUUAACAAACCUGUAGAAGUUGAAAAUGGUUUAGAAGGGACUGCAAAGUAUAUUAGUAACCCAAGAAUGGUACGUCCAUCAUUACGGUCCAGUGUUCCAGAGGAAGAUAUUGAUCUGCAAGUUUUACCAAAUGAUGUUGCUAAUAGUGGUGUUGUAGCAACAAAGGAUGGCACUAAUAAAGAGGAUAGCAUAGUGCAAGAAGCUAGUAAACCUGGACAAAUUAUUAAAGGGUUUGCACAAGAACCAAAUCCAACUGGUGCAGCACCUGCCAUCAGUCCAACUGGUAAUACUGCUCCUGAAGCUGCCAGUUCAUCUGGUUCUGCAGGUUCACUUGGUCCUACUGGUUCACCUAGUACUACAAGUUCACCUGGUUCACAAAAUGAUGAUGCUAAUAGUGGCGUUAUUGCAACAAAAGGUGACACUAAUAAGGAGAAUAACAUUAUACAAGAGGUUGAAAAACCUGGACAAAUUAUUAAAGGAUUUGCACAAGGACCAACUCCAACUGGUGCAGUGCCAAGUGGUACUGCUCCUGCUGGAACUCCUGGUCCUACAGCUGUACCUGCUGGUUCAAGGCCUCCUACAACCAGACCUCCUACAACCAGACCACCAACUACUAGGCUACCCACUACUAGGCCACCUACAACCAGGGCACCUACAACCAGGCCACCUACAACCAGGCCACCUACUACCCAACCUAUUACACAACGUCCCACCACAAUGCCUAUUGGAGGUACAUUUGACUAUGGUGGAGAUGAUUUAUUUGGCAAGCUUGGAAAAUAUGGUUUAAAUGCUCUCCCAGGUAAUCAAAAUGAUGAAAUAACUCAUCAACUUCAGGAAGCAGCAAAAGUUAUAAAUACUAUACCUAAAUUAGAUGGACUUAACAGUAAGCAAAACCAACCACCUAAUGCUAAUGAUGACAUAACAAGGAUUAGUAAUAUGACUCAAGCAUUACCAAAUGAAAAACCUUCAGAAACAUAUCCUAAUAGCAACAGUCAACCCUCUAUACUAGUUCCUCAAAUACAAAGCCUACAGCAAGGAUCUCAAAAUCUGUUAAGUGGGGUUUCAAAUGAAAAUUCUGUAACAACUAAUAACACAGGUGAUAUUUCUGGUAAACAUGAUAUAGCGGAACCAGUUACUACACCAACAGAAUCACCAACUGUUAACCCAUAUCUGCCUACUGAACAGUCAACCCCUCUACCUAAUCAGAAAACUACUCUUCCUGAUGAGAAAACUGUUCAGACCACAUCUAAUGGCACAGCUACUACUUCAAUAUCAUCAAUACAACAGCAGCAGCAAGAGUCACACAGCAUUACUGCAGGACAUAAAACAGAUACUGAGAACAAUGGUGAACUUAUUGGUUCAGUCAUGAAUAUAAAUCAUCAUACUGGAGAAUCUAAUCAAAAUACGAAUGACUUAAGUUACAACAGAAUUGAGAACUAUGGAAGUAACAAUAUAAUAGUUCCAGAAGAAUCUAAAAACCCUUAUUUACCUGAUGAAAAAGAUGUGAAUAAAGAAAACAGUCAAACCACGACUGAAUCACCUCAUCCAACAUUUAACCCCUACCUACCAAAAGAGGAAAACGCUCAAGGGGCAACUGAGAAAAUGCAAGGUGUUACGGAAACAACAACAGGUGUCCCUGAUGCAACAACAACACUGGCACCUGAUACAACACCUAUGCCUGACACAACAACUCCCGCUCCUGAUGUGACAACACCUGAAGUUUUAGAAACAACAACUGCAUAUGUCACAACAACUGCUCUUCCAGAUACAACAACACACAGUUUCAAUGAGACAACCACCUCAAGUGUUGUGGAAACUACACUUGCUCCAGAAACGACAUCAAGGCUUCUAGAGACCACAACAGUCUCACCAGAUACAACAUACAAUCCUUAUUUGCCAGUGGAAACAACCACACCUACAUCCACUAUGAGCACACCAACUACAGCACCCCAAUUUGUUGAAACAACGCCAAAAGGUCCAAACAAUGAAACCAAUAUUACAAAUCAAGCUGCUCUCUAUGGUAUAGCCAAUCAAAACAAGUAUAGGCUAGGUUAUGCUGAGAAAGACAUUCCAAUGGACUCAUCUGAAGCACAGAAAAUUCUGUCAGGUGAGAUGCAGCCGAAUGAAAUUAACUUUUCUCCAGAAAAUACAAAAACAUAUGAUGCUCUUAAGCAACAUGAGAUGAUAUUAGGUGCGGCACAAAACAAAAUGAAAAAUGGAUCUGUGGAGAAUACAUUAAUUGGGUAUUACAGUGAAGCGAAUACAGGAGGUUUUCAACCAGUAUCUAAUGGCAACGCCUUGUUGGAAAAUGCAACUUCAAGUGCAGACAACUCUGCAAAACUUGCAGUUCCCAGCUUGACUACUAACUACACAACAAAUAAAGUUAAAAUUGAAGAUAAUAGUACUACUGAUAGUGGUGUCAGCACUGCUCCAUCAUUUGGUGAUAAACCACAACCAGACAUUUUACCACAAGUUAAUACAGAAACUCCAGUUUAUGCAAAACCUAUGUCUGCUCAAUCCGAAAUUCCUGAAGCUAUGACCACACAGGUACAACCCAUUGUAGCUGAUCCAAAUUCCGUUCAGCCUGAUACUGUUCUGCCAAGUACAAAACCAAAGGCUGGAAAUAAAGAGAAUGCUUACAUUAACAAAGCUAAUAGUGGAAAUCUUUCAAUCCAAGGUGAUGCAGUACCAGUUGCUGCUGGUAAAGAUGUCAGUGUUGAAAUAGCAUCUCCCAACGGUCAAGAGGCAAUUUAUGAAAAGCCGGCAUUGCCACAAGAGCCAUAUUAUAGACCUGAAUUUCAUGGUGUUGCUGAAGUACCUUCUAUGCUUGCUGAAACUGGGCAGAAUGAGACAACAAUAACACUAUCAGCAAAGAAUGAAAGUGAAAUUAAACCUACACCAACUAAUGUAAGACCAGUUGAUAUGAACCAAGGCACGUCUUUGACAUUUACAACUCAAAAGCCAAUACAACAAACGCAGCAGCAAACUGUGGCACCAGUGGAAACAGGUCCUUUUGUUUAUCCUGUAACAUUUAACCAAUCAAGAUCUGGCAACGAGUAUCCUAUGCCACCUCCACCAGCUCCACCACCACCUAAAGUACAAAAUGAAAAUACUGGAAAUCAUGCAGAUGAAAUUACACCUCAUAAGGUAUACCUGCCUCCUCCACUCUACCAAUUUGAAAAUGGCACUAAAGUCGACUUUCAGAAGCAAAUGCCUGGUAAUCAAAAUAUGACUAUAGAGGAAUUGCAAAAUGUUUAUGCGGAAGCUGACAGGAAUGCAGCAUCUGAUUUAAAAGCUGGAAAGCCAUCAAUCUCUUCAACUAAGCUUGUUUCUGGCAGCGGUACUUUGUACAAAGGAGGUGCACUAAACCUUAGUUCUUUGAUAAAUGCAAACAAAGUCACUACAACUUUGCCUACCACAGCUAUUCCAGUUAAAACAACUGCAAAGCCUCUUACAAAUUGCCAAAGUGAUCGUGAAAUUGCCUCAAACCCAACUUCAUUUGACAUGUUCAAGCCUGAAUGCCUUCCGGAUGGUAGCUACAAGCCUAUGCAAUGCUAUGAACAUAAAAAUUUUGGAAAGUGGUGUUGGUGUGUGGAUGGUAAGGGUCAGGAAGUUAUAGGCUCCAAAGUUGACAAUGCAAGAAACAACGGUAAUUUAACUGAUGAAAAAUGUAAAACAUUGGGGACACAAAAUGCAACAGAAGAAUAUUGGACUGCAUUUUACAGACACACUACAACGACACCAACGCCAGCUGUUAUUGUGACUACAACUCCAAUUCCUAUUAUUCUUGCAGGAGUAGAGACCACGAAAGGACCAACACAAUGUCAAAAAGAAAGAAAACUUUCUCAAUCUUCUAUGAUGAAAGGUGAUACUUUUACACCAGAGUGCAAUGAAGAUGGUACCUACAAAAGCAGGCAGUGUUUUACACACCUUUAUUAUGGUAAACAAUGCUGGUGCGUAGAUAAACAUGGUCAGGAGAUUUUAGGAACCAGAAGAAUUGAUGGAUCACACCCCGAUUGCCAUAAAGUUACCAACGAAUUGUGUACAUACGAACCAAAGAAGGGAAAAUGCAGCAUGCACAUCACAAAGUUUUUUUACAACAUUCAAACAAAAGACUGUGAAUUUUUCGUUUACUCUGGUUGCGGCGGUAAUGCAAAUAACUUUAUGAGUGCUUUAGAGUGCGAAUCAAAGUGUAAAAAGGGAACAGCAUUACUGAUUGAAAUUCCUGCUGCAGCUGUAAACAAAAUUCAAACCAAAGAUGUAAACAAAACAAUGAAUGGAAGUACUGCAUUAUACCCGGAUGACACAAAAAAAGUUUAUUUCAAACCUUCAGCACAUAAACGAACUUUGGACUCCAGUGGAAGUGAAAUAACUAUAAAGUUUGGAAUUAUUGAGAGCUAUAAUGAUGACUUGAAAAAUAAUACUAAUCCUAGGAAUGCAAGAAUGAAGUUUAUGGUUAAUGAAGCUCUACGUAAAUUGUUUCCAAGAACAUAUCAAAAAGGACAUGUGUUAUCUAUUGAGCCACGAACUAUUCCAGGCAAUCAAAAUGAUGUGAAAUACACCACAAUGACAUUAACAACGUACUUCAAUGAGUCCAAUCCUGACACUAUUGUAAUGUUAAAGAAUGCUAUCAAUUCUGGAUCAUUAGGAGAUGUACCAACUAUUAUGAACAGCUGCGAAGUUGUGGAUGAUGCAAGUCAACAUAGCCGCAACGACGCUAACGAGGAGCGUGUAGAACAUACAUUUGUAACAGGAGGUUUGGAUUGCGUUAACAGUACAUACGGCUGUUGUGCUGAUGGAAAUAGUCCCGCGGAAGGUCCAAGUGGAAAAGGGUGUGCAGAAGAAAAUUGUCCUUGUACAAGCAUUGAAGCUGAGUUUGGAAUUAUGCAACCCUAUUCAGUAACUAUAGGUGAACCUAGUGAUUCUACCCACCAGAAGUUAUCAAACAAAAUUGAAAAAUGGUUAAAGGAUGAAGUCUAUUCAAAUGCAAAUGAAUUUAGUUCACUUGAAGUUGUUUCACUAAGUGAAAGAAAACAUGAAGGAGCAAUUGGUUCUGUAAGCUUGGUGGAAGCUGUCAUUAAAAUCAAUUUUGGUUUGCCGUUGAGCGAUCCUAUCACGCCUCUAAAACAUCAUAUUGACACAUCAAAUUUAGUUUUACCAGUAUUACCGAAAACAUUGGUUGUCGCAAAAGAAGAUGAAAAGGCUAAAAACAAAGAAGGCAAAAUGAUCGGUGUAGUAGGUAGCAAUGGAGAAACGUCACGCAUAACUCCUGAAGCAUUUGAAAAACCAUUUGCAAUGUUUUCCUCGCCUGAAACCAAGUAUGAACAAAACGCGGAAGGUCGAAGUCCAGGGGAGAAUGAAGAAGAAGAAGGCUAUAAAACCAAGAAGUUGACUUUGAUGCUAGCACGACCGCUGAAGUAUUUCCAAAUGGGGAAAUACAUGGCACAUAUUGAUGCAGGUAAUCCUGCAUUGAUCGUACCAAGUGAAAAGAAUGAUGGUACAUACGAGGCUCAUAAAGUAUUUCCUCCAUUUGCUGGUAGAUAUAAUACCGAAUUAAUUCCAAUUUAUAACAAGAAUGGAAAAAAGAUUGCUAAUGUGGACUUUGAAGCAGCUCUUAAAAGGUACCAAGGCGACGUGCAUAAUAAACGGAGCAACAUCCCUCACCAUGUAGAAAUCAAUCAAACCUCGUUCUUGUCUGAGAUUGCUGCCAUGCUGAAUUUUGAUCACUUUGAAGGGGAUAAGAUCUUAGAUUCAUCCGGCCAUGGAAAUGAUGGUUUAAUGUCAGGUGCUGCCACAUUAAUGCAUGCCAAUUACUCAUGCGGUAUGGCAUGCUGGCUUAGCGGCGGUGUCAUCACAUUUGAUGGAAGCCGUUUUAAUCCUAAACCAAGCACAGCGAUAUCAAUUGCAACCUGGAUGAAAUUAGGCUCAACUUCUGGAAUACAGUCGGUAUUUUCAACAGUUGGAUUUUCUCAUAAUGAUGGACAAUUUCUGUUAGAGGUCAAUGAUGGCAAACUUAUUUGGAAACACACUAAUGAGCAGCAGUAUGUCGUGUUUGAUUGUGAAACCUCAGACGUUGUUAUACAACCAGACCAAUGGGUGCAUGUAACAGCAACAUACGAUUCCGCAGAACGUAAGGCUAAACUUUAUAUCAAUGCUGAACUCAUGAAAGAAAUUAAUGGUACCGGAUUGCUGUCUCAAGAUUGGGGCCAAGAAGCUGUAAUUGGAAGUAAAAACGAAGGCAAUGAAUUUAAGGGAUGGUUUGACGAAUUCGUUAUUGCCACUAAAGCGCUUUCAAAAUCAGAAAUCAGCGAUUUGGUUAAAGCUUGUGCAUAUGGAAUUCCAUCGCCACAUUUUGGUCUGGACUUCCCCUGUAAAGAAUGCAAUAUUUCCACAACCGCAUCUCCAAGCACGACAGUUAGCACUACCCAAGGAAGUAGCUCGUCCACUGGUCCGACAGUAAGCACUACUCAGGGCAGCAGUACAUCUACUGGACCCACUGUCAGUACUACUCAAGGCAGCAGUACAUCUACAGGCCCAACAGUUAGCACUACACAAGGAAGUAGCACCUCUACUGGUCCAACAGUAAGCACUACUCAAGGUAGCAGUACAUCUACUGGUCCUACAGUAAGCACUACUCCUGGUAAUAGUACUUCUACUGAUCCAACAGUUAGCACUACCCAAGGAAGCAGCUCAUCCACUGGUCCAACAGUUAGCACUACUCCAGGUAGUAGUACUUCUACUGGUCCAACAGUUAGCACUACCCAAGGAAGCAGCUCAUCCACUGGUCCAACAGUUAGCACUACUCCAGGUAGUAGUACUUCUACUGGUCCAACAGUUAGCACUACCCAAGGAAGCAGCUUAUCCACUGGUCCAACAGUUAGCACUACUUCAGCUAGUAGCACCUCUACUGGUCCAACAGCAAGCACCACUCCAAGCAGUAGUACAUCUACAGGCCCAACAGUAAGCACUACUCAAGGCAGUAGCUCAUCUACUGGACCAACAGUGAGCACUACUACAAGUAGUGGCACUUCUACUGGUCCGACAGUAAGUACUACUCAAGGUAGUAGUACGUCUACAGUUAGCACAACAGCUAGUGUUAGCACGACAAAAGCAAUUAGCAAUGAAACCACACUCGGAACUACUCCGACAGGUGUGACCACUCCAACAACGCCUUCACCAACAGUCCCACCUAUUCGAUCAUGUCGGGAAUAUUAUGAUCGUUGUCACAGAAGACGUGAUGGCACGUAUCGUUUGACAUCAGUAUCUGAAGAAGAAUCUGCAGAAUCAUUUUAUACAUAUUGCGACAUGACACGUGACCUAGGAGGCUGGACCUUACUUGUUACCAGUAAAAAUUCCGGAGACUGGACUGAGGAAAAUUUGAUCAAUCAUGGUGGAGAUAAUCCUUCACUUCAAUCAGACUUCUCAAUUUUAUCACGUGCAGACGACAUUACUUCGAUAGUUGAUGAAGGCUUUGAAUACCGACUGGAGGCCGGCGAACCAGGACAGUUUGGUGGAAUUUGGAAAGCACCAUCUAACUAUAAGAUUAUUUCAAAUUACAACAAUCAAACUGACGUAACACUUGAAAAAAAAUUUAGUCAAUGGGACUUUAUUGGAUCUAGUAUCAGAUACAGAAUGCCAUAUAUACCUAUGGGUAGCAGUAAAGCCUUGUUUACGACUGCUGAAAACCCUGAUAGUGAUGACUUUGGUACGAUCAUCUCAAAAGAAAGAAAAUAUACGCCAGCACCAUGGAUUAAAGGAGUUGCCGAAAACCCAUUGAAUAUAUGGUACUGGUUGAAAGAAGCUAAAGGUACCUUCACUCACAUGAACAACAAUGUGCAAACAAAUAGCCCAAUUAACAUAUUUUACUACAAUGUUGAAGUUGUCAAUAACGAAACAAAAAUUAUCCUGGAAUGGACUCUUGGUAGUGAACGCAAGUCACAAAUACUUGAAAUUCAUAGUGUAACAAGGAUGGUGAACGAAUUGAGAACAACUGUUCCUCAGCCACCUGGUGUCACAUUCAAAGUUUUAAGACAUGCUGACCGAUCACCAUUAUAUAUUGAUGGCCAAGAGGAAAUGGAAGUAUUGCCAUCGACUUCUCGAGAGGAGUUUUCUCUUUUGCCUAUUUCUUCAGUAAAAGAAGAUAACAAAGCUGAAGAGAUGAACGUCUAUUACUUUAACUACCAGUUUGUCAAUUACGCUGGUGGCCAAGUUGAUAUUUCAUUUGAAGAAUUUGGACGUCCAGAGACUGUACGCUUAGAUGCUGAUGAUGUGUUAAACUGGCUACGCGUAUUUAGAUCAAAAGAGGAUCCGUUUUUUGUUUUAAAAGCCACUAACAAAUCAAAUGGUGUUCCCUUAAAAAUCAAUGGCGAAGAUGAAUACCAUAUGAUAUCGCAUGACAAUAGACUUGACGUCUUUGUUGUUGACAUAUCUGCAACUGGAGAAAAUAUAGCAACUGCACCAACCACCUACUUCUUAAAUAUGAAUGUUCAAAACAAUGCUGGAACAAGAAUAACUAUCACCUGGCGAGAUGGCAUUAAAGAAACGGACAUUGACGAAGGAGCCAAAGGAGAAUUCACUUACAACAUUACAUCUUAUGUCAAGAAUCUACCACAGUACAACUUCAUGAUGGUUAGAUACGGUACUAACAUAUCCGAGCUGGUAAAUAUGGAGUCAGUGAUCAUGGUUCAUCCCACAACUGAAGUGAAUGCCCAGAUAGCUACCUAUACUGUUACAUCGUCAGGUACUAGCACAUCUACGGUUGACAAUUUAAGAGAAGAUCCUGUUUGUCCUCCUGCAAUUGAUGGAGACUACUCAGAAUGGACAACUUGGACAACUUGUAGUGUAACAUGUGGAAAUGGGUAUAAAGCAAGGACAAGACAGUGUAAUAGUCCUCCUCCAGAAAAUGGUGGUAGAUCAUGCAUUGAUCAGGGCUUGGGAGAACCUACCCAAACGGCCAUUUGUUAUAUGGAAGCUUGCAACAGGCCAACUGGAAUGAUCACAUAUCGCCUGUACUCCAUUAUUGUCAAUAAAUUAGAUUCUGCUGCGCGUGUAACUGCAACGCAGUCUGGACGAAUAGUGUACGAUAAAACCAUACACACUGGCCGACGAUUUGAAGAAAGUCUCACAACAGAGACUUCUAAUGGCACUGUGCCUGAUCCAUAUAUCUUCUCUGCCACAGACAUUGAUGGUGUGGUGACUUAUUAUGUAAACAAUGGAGAAACCUAUAAUGUACCUUGGAAUGAAAACGUCAUUUAUUAUGUUAUGUACAUUGCUAAACAUCCAGGACCCGUUGGUGAAUCCAAAUUGUACUACAUUAAUAUUGAUUUCAAUAAUCUUGCAAGUGGUAAUGCUUCCGUUCAAUAUAAAGAAUUUGAGUAUGAUAGAGAAAGAAUUGUGUUAUACAGUGCCAUGUAUUCUAUUGAAAUCGCUGCUAUGCUGACAGAACGCCCUAUGUUUACCAUGAUUGCCAGAAAUGAAGCCAAUGGAAAUCCAUUUUUCUUGAAUGGACAAACUGAGUGGAAAGUUAGUGGUUCUGAGUUCAAGGGCGAACGUAACUUAAUCGAUAUUACAGACCAAGGAUCCAGCACCACUGGCAAUGCUCAACGAUACUUCCUUAACUUGGAGAUUAUCAAUAACGCUAACACAGGUGUGGCCGUCCAGCUUGAAGGUAACUCAGCACCAAUUAAAAUACCAAUGCGAGGUGUUGUGAAAAUCAAGGAAACCAUUAUUGCUGUCAACAAGCCUGUUGGAAACGUUUAUCGUGUGUUUGAAGACAGUGCAUCACAAACAGUGCUGUAUUUGAAUGGUAAAGAAGAACUAAAUAUUGCUCCAUCUGUUAAAGAUGAAGUGUACAGAAUAUUUAUUACUGGAAAGGAUAAGACAACGCCCCUUCAAGUGUACUACUUGAAUCUACAAUUCAUCAACAUGUAUGGACAAAACACAGUCACUGUAUCUUGGGCUGACAACCACACAAUGGUCUCACAAGACAUACCAGGACUUGGAGAAGCAUUUAAAGAAUCAACCGUCGCUCUGUCCUCUCCUCCCCAACCUAUUUACAUACAAGGCAAAAUCAAAGGAACAAAUCAGUCAGUAAUGUUGAAUGGUCAGGCAAUGUAUCCAGCCAUAGCAACUGAGACACAAAAGACUAUACAAAUUACCCUUGGGGAAGAUGGAAAUGUCCCUGUUCCUGGACCAGUCAAGGUGUACUACAUACGUCUUGAGGUUUCAAACUACCGAAGUGAUGAUGUUACUCUAAAAUGGUUAUCUGACAACAUUCCUCGACAGCAAAUAAGCCAGAGCAGUUCAAAAAUGAUCGUUAAUCAAAUUCAAGUAGCAUCCACUCAACCUGCUGAUGUAAACUUCACUGCUGUAGAUUCAAAUGGUGUAGCUUUGUAUCUGAACAAUAUGGAAGUUUUAACUGUAACUCCAACCAUUGUAGAAGAAACAGUUACAGUCAUCUUAGGUCAAGUUAUCAAACCAGGAGUGACUACAACAAUGACACCAACUGUAUCAACCACAUCUGGCACAACAUCUGCAACUACAACGGUCUCUCCGAGACCUGGCGAAAUGAAAAACUAUUAUGUCAGAAUCGAAAUUAACAACUAUGGAAAUAAAGACAUCAAUAUCAAGUAUACCGAAAAUUGGGAAGAUCGUGAAACUGCUGUUCAGAAAAGAUCGUCUGUUACAAUCAAUAUGAUCAUACCAUCUGUUAUACCUCCAGAAGCGAUUGUCUUCCGUGCGUUUGAAGCAGGCACUACUAAUGUUGUAUUGAUGAAUGAAGAAGAAUCUAUUGAAGUGUUACCAGAUUUGCAGGACCGUAAAACGAUUGCGAAUAUUGGUUCUCCAACAACUACAUGGCAUUAUGUAUUAAUUUUGAGUAAUCAAAGAACACAGCCUGUGACUGUUCGUUAUGUAAAGCAUAACGAAAAUAUUGUAAAAGAAUUAGGUCCAUACUCACAGUUUAUUGAUCCAUGGCAAGUCAUACAACCGACAAGACCUGAACCUUUGCAAAUCACUGCUUCUGAUAGUGUGACAAAUAAUCCAGUUUUGGUUAAUGGUGUGACGUCUUACAGCGUUGAAGCGACAGCUACUACUGUCCCAAUGAAUAUAAUUAUUGGAGGUGGUAAUGGUGACAAUAGUAAUAAUGGCACCACAGGCGCAACCUCUAAAACGUACUAUGUCAGUGUUCAAAUAACCAACAACCAUAACACUGGGAUUGAUAUAAGAUACCAGGAAGAUUUACAGGAAGUUACGCGUAAGGUUGAGAAAGGUGGUGUUCAACUCAUUGAUUUUGUUAUAAACACAGCCAUGGUACCGCGUGACGUUUCAUUUUACGCAGUUGAAAGCAAUACUUUCAAUGUUGUUUAUUUGAACGAUCGAGCUAGCUUUGAAGUAAGACCAAGUGAAGUCAGAAACACCAUAACGCUUACGGCAGGUGGAGACUCAAUAGGCAAUCUGGAAACCUAUUACUUGAAUGUUCUUAUCACUAAUCAUGGUUCGAAAACAUACAGUUUUAAAUAUCCACCUGCAACAGGCAGACAUAUUGAAUUACGUCCAGGUGGUGAAUACAAAAUAACUACACAGGUGAAGUUAGCUGAAGCUCCUAAUCCAGUAAAAAUCAUUUCGUAUGAAAUGGUGUCAGGUGUACAAGGUGCAUCAAAGACUUAUGAGUUAAUCAUGAGUACGGAUCCAUCACUUCAAACCCUGGAUUUAUCAGGUGGAGGCAGCCAAUUUCAGAUGUAUUAUCUAAAUUUACUAUUGCAAAAUAUGGGCACUUCAAUCGUACAGGUUAUGGCUCCUGGUUUGCAAUUGCCACAAACACUGUUGCCAAAUACAGUUGGCUAUAUUGGUUUGAAACAGGAAGUAGCUCAAAAGCCUGAUGCAAUAAAUAUCUUUGUUACUGGAGCAGGAAAGACAAGAACAAUAACAGUAGAAUAUUCACUAUCUCCAAACAAUCAAACGAUAAAUGUUGCAAGUGCAGGGAGUGGUAAUGGUACAAAUGGUGCAGGGACUGGUACAAUGCAAAUGUAUUAUGCAAACGUUCUCUUAGAAAACUCUGGUUCAAAUACAAUACAAGUUAUGGGUCCUGGUUUACAUAUGCCAUUGGUGCUUCAACCUAAUAUUGUUGGUUAUAUUAGUUUGAAAAAGGAAGCAACAGAGAAGCCUGAUGCAAUAAAUAUCUUUGUUACUGAAGCAGGAAAGACAAGAACAGUAACAGUAGAAUAUUCACUAUCUCCAAAUAAUCAAACGAUAAAUGUUGCAAAUGCAGGGAGUGGUAAUGGUGAAAAUGGCGCAGGGACUGGUACAAUGCAAAUGUAUUAUGCAAACGUUCUCUUAGAAAACUCUGGUUCAAAUACAGUUCAAAUAAUGGCCCCUGGCUUACAUAUGCCAUUGGUGCUUCAACCUAAUAUUAUUGGUUAUAUUGGUUUGAAAAAGGAAGCAACAGAGAAGCCUGAUGCAAUAAAUAUGUUUGUUUCUGAAGCAGGAAAGACAAGAACAAUAACAGUAGAAUAUUCACUAUCUCCAAACAAUCAAACGAUAAAUGUUGCAAAUGCAGAAAGUGGUAAUGGUGAAAAUGGUGCAGGGACUGGUACAUUGCAAAUGUAUUAUGUGAAUGCUCUCUUAAAAAACUCUGGUUCAAAUACAGUGCAAGUAACAGGUCCUGGCUUACUUUUGCCAUUGAUGCUUCAACCUAAUUUCGUAGGUUAUAUUGGUUUGAAACAAGAAGCAACACAAAAGCCUAGUGCAAUAAAUAUAUUUGUUACCGAAGCAGGAAAAACAGCACCUCUCCCAUUGGAGUAUUCAUUAUCUGCUGAAAAUCGUACUAUUAAAAUUGGAAAUAUGGCCGGUAAUGUGAACGGAGCGAAUGGUAGCAGCACAAGCGGUGAAACAAAAUCAUAUCAUUUGAAAGUAAUUUUAGCGAACGCAGGAACAUCAUCUGUAGCUGUAAAAUUGCCACAGCAGCCUUGGCCUAUACCAAUACAACAAGGAUACCCACUUUAUUAUGCAACGGAAGCACAAUCUGCAAACACACCUGAUCCUGUUAGCAUUGAAGUCACAGAAGGUGAUGGUGCUGACAAGAAAUCAAGAACUGUGUUGUUGGAAUAUAAACUGUCUCCUGAAAAUCAAACUAUAAGUUUAGGUGCAGGUUCAAAUUCUGUUGAAGCCGCACACGAAGGUAGUCUCACAAUGGCAACUGGAACCACAGAUGUUUUUAGUGGAGGUGUAAUGCAUGACAGUCCAACACAAGGUGAUACAUCCUCAGCACUACAAGCUACGGUUACUGGAGGUAUCAUCACACAAGGUGGCACACCCACUAUGCAAAGAAGCAUGGGUGGAACUACAAUGCCACUAGGCGGAAAUGCGACACGAAAUGGCUAUGUGGGUGGAAACACAGUUACUGGUGGCACAAUGACACAAGGUGGUGCAUCGACCAUGCAAGGUAGUAGCAUGGGUGGAACCACAAUGUCUUCAGGUGGAACAACAAUGUCCUCAGGUGGAAAUAUGGCUCAAGGUGGCAAUAUGACUGGAAGCACAGUUACUGGUGGAUCAAUGACACAAGGUGGUGCAUCUACCAUGCAAGGAAGUAGUAUGGGUGGAACCACAAUGCCAUCAGGUGGAAAUAUGGCUCAAGGUGGCAAUAUUACUGGAAGCACAGUUACUGGUGGAUCAAUGACACAAGGUGGUGCAUCUACCAUGAAAGGAAGUAAUUUGGGUGGAACCACAAUGUCACCAGGUGGAAAUAUUGCACAAGGUGGGAACGGGAAUGGAAGCACAGUUGUUGGUGGAACAAUGACACAAGGUGGUGCAUCUACUAUGCAAAGUGGUAGCAUGAGUGGAACCAUAAUGUCUUCAGGUGGAAAUCUGGCACAUAAUGGCAACGGGAAUGGAAGUACAGUUGCUGGUAGCACAAUGACACAAGGUGGUAUAUCUAGCAUGCAAGGUGGUAGCAUGGGUGGAACAACGACGUCAUCAGGUGUAAAUAUGGCACAAGGAAGCAACGGAAUUGAAAGCACAGUUACUGGUGGAACAAUAACACAAGGUGGUGCAUCUACUAUGCAAGGUGGUACCAUGAAUGGAACCACAAUGUCUUCAGGUGGAAAUAUGGCACAAGGUGGCAACGGGACUGGAAGCACAGUUACUGGUGGCGCAAUGACACAAGGUGGUAUAUCUAGCAUGCAAGGUGGUAGCAUGGGUGGAACCACGACGUCAUCAGGUGUAAAUAUGGCACAAGGAAGCAACGGAAUUGAAAGCACAGUUACUGGUGGAACAAUAACACAAGGUGGUGCAUCUACUAUGCAAGGUGGUACCAUGAAUGGAACCACAAUGUCUUCAGGUGGAAAUAUGGCACAAGGUGGCAACGGGACUGGAAGUACAGUUACUGGUGGAACAAUUACACAAGGUGGUGAGUCCACCAUUCAAGGUGGUAGUAUGGGCGGAAGCACAACAACAUCUGGAGGAAGUAUGACACAAGGUGGCAAUGGGACUGGAAGCACAGUUACUGGUGGAACAAUAACACAAGGUGGUUCAUCUACGAUGCAAGGUGGUAGCAUAGAUGGAACCACAACAUCAUCUGGAGGAGGUAUGACGCAAGAUGGAAGCACAGUUACUGGUGCAGUUACAACACAACCUGACGCAUCCAGCAGUGGAGCUAAUACACAAAAUAAAACUUCUACAUCAGGUGGUAGCACUGGUGGAACCACUGUAAUACCGGGUGGAACUUCAACACAAAGUGGAAUGUCUAUUACGCAAAGUGGUAACAUAGGUGGUAUCACAACAAUAACUAACGGUACUACGAUGCAGGGAGGUGCUGCUACUGCACAAGGUGGAACAAUGACGAGUAGUGGCAAUAGCGUGACUCGUCCAGCUCUGGCAAAAGCAUAUAAUAUGCGAUUGACUUUCACCAAUUACGGUAAGCCACAGUCGGUACUCAUUACUAUCAAACAAAAAGAUAAACCUGAUGAAACAUUUGAAGUACCCAGCAAUGGGUUAAUGGAUAGAGUUAUUCAAGAAAUAUCUACCUCGCUGCCAAGUCCAUUAGCAAUAACAGCCGUUGAAAAAGGAACCAACAAAGUUGUAAACAUUAAAGGCGAGGCAGAGCAUAAUGAGGAAUUUCAGGAACCCAUGCCAAGUGGUGAAAUGAAAGGUGUUUCAUUUACCCUCGGAUCAGAAACACUGGGUACUGAUAUUCCAAGUACUGGGGUAUAUCACAACAACCUGAUGGCUUCCAAUGUUGAACCUCAGAAUAUAUAUUAUGUGAGCAUUCAAGUUGAUAACGAAAAAUCUAACGAAACUGUUAUAUUACGCUGGAUUCUACCAGAAGCAAUCAGCGAUGAAAAACCUAUCCCAGCUCAUUCAGUUGUGGCUCAUGAAUUUCAAAUUGGAGCUGUUGAUGUUCCAUCGCCAAUCGAGUUCCAAGCUCAUGUGAAGCGGACAGGAAAUGUUGUUAUGCUGAAUGGUAACGAGAAAUUGUAUGUUAAACCAACCAUGAAUAAAAAAACCAUGUUUAUAAAUUUGGAAAGCGAACCAGCUACAGAUUCAGCUGCUACGGGAAAACCUGAAUCCAAGAUAUAUUACACGAGCGUGCAUUUGAACAACAAUGAAAACAGAGAUAUUUUGGUUAAAUGGAAGGAGAUUGACGAAGUCAAAAAUGGAACUAUACCAGCCGGUGGAGCAUUAGUUCAAGAAUUUGUCAUCAAAGCCAAUACAGAACCAGAUAAAGUUGUAUUCACUGCAUAUGAUCCUAGUAACAUGGCAAUCGUAAGUAUAAACGGAAAACAAGACUUGGUUAUUACUCCUUCGAUUCAAAAGAACAGAGUAACAGCAAACAUCGGUACUGGAGCAGGCCAAGGAAAAACGUACUACGUCAACUAUAAUAUUGUCAAUCAAAUUCCAAAUGGUAACGUCACUUUAAGUUGGACAGAAAAUGGAGAAUCGAAGGAGACAUCCUUAUCCGGUUUGGGAACUGCAACCUACCAAAGUCAAUUUUUGUCUACCAGUACACCAAACAUGAUUAACAUAGAAGGCAAAGGUGAUGCAUCCUUGGGGACUAUUCUAAUUAAUGGAAAGGCUGACUUCGAUAUGGAGCCAAGAGAUACAGCAGAGUUUUUAAAUCUGGAAAUAACUAGUAGUGCAGGUGCCUCCUCUUUGGCAAGCUCGACAACAUCAACUGUGUCACCAGCAUCACAAAGCUCCUCUCAAUCAACUGCAGGUUCGAAUACUGGAGCAGAUAAAACAUAUUACAUUAGCAUACGAGUCGAAAACAAAAUCAACAAACCAGUUUGGCUUGUGUUUGCCGAAAAUGGUCAUCCUGGAGAGCGAGAAAUACCAGCAAAUUCGGUCCAAACUGCUGAAUUUAUAACAACCUCUGCAUCUCCUCCUGAGAAAGACGUUGUCUUCAAAGUGUACUCCUACGACCGUAAGAUCCAACACUUAAUCAACAAUAACCAAGAAGCUAUAAUACCUCCGAGCACCGAACGAAAGGAAACUUCCCUUAUUAUUACUGACUCGCAACAAAAGGUAUUAUACAUCAACUUGCAUGUAACAAAUAACGCUGGUAAGAAGGUUACUUUGGUAUGGAGUGAAGAUGACAGUCCAAAGACUGAAGAUAUAGAAAACGAAGCUUCGAGGAAUUUAACUAAAAUUAUCCGCACAUCAGAUGACCGUCUACCAGAAUAUGAAUUUCAAGUACAUGAGUUUGGAACCAAUAGGAACCUUUUAAUUAAUGGACAACAGACGUUUACUAUCACACCAAGUGAUGAUGAAGAAGCAGUAACCUAUAUCAACAUUUCACCAUCAAGUGAUAAUGGCAAUCAUGGACCAGCUUCUGCUAGUGAAGUGACAGAAACCCAUCUAGUUGUACUAUUCGACAGUCAAUUGGAUCGCAUGAUAAAAAUCAUUCCUAGCCGAAGUAGUCGAGGAAAGUAUUUUGUAGAACCACGUGGAUACCUGCAGGUGAACAUUACAAUCGACAGUCAAGAUCCAUUUCAAGAAAUAACCUUCAAAGCUGUUGAUCAGGAGAAGCAGAUAAAGCUUUUACUGAACAAUUCAGAAUGGAUAUCUCUUAAACCAACCACAGAUAAAGAUUUUGAAUACAAAGUAGUUAUCACACCCCAAGCCUUGAAAGUUAUUCCAAGCCAUUCGUAUGCACUUCUGGAAAUAAAUGACGACCAGAUCUACGGUGAUCCUCCGCUCAUGGCACAUGGUCAAAUUGUUGGCGUAGAUGGUGGUGGCUUACUCUUUAAUGGUGUAGACACCUGGCUUGACGCCUCCUUUAAAUCAAACGAUUGUUUGAUCAAACCAGGAUUAUGUUUGAAUGGUUUUACAGUUGCAUUAAAAGCUGCGUUUAUGACCUCUCCUGAUGUUAGGUACAUCCUGGACAGUGGCGCACAUGGUGGAUCUUUUCCUGGUGUGUCUUUAUAUAUGAAGGGCGACAAAUUGCACUACCAACUCACAACGAACGAUAGAACAUGGACCGUUGAACACCAACCUGUAGUAGACGGAGAAAAAUGGUCCUACCUCAUCGCAACAUGGCAUCCAGAAAAGGGUCUCUCUCUGUAUGUAAAUGCUUUAUUAGUUGCCACAGACAAUCGAGGAGUGCAUAUUCAACAGUCGACAUCAAAUGAAAUCAAUCCAAACUUUAGUAUUGGACGCAAUAUUCGCGGAGAAGCGUUUGCUUCAGUUAAAAUAAGUUCGUUCACAACCUUUAACACAUAUAUUGAAGCUGCAGAUGUACCGAAUGUUUACAUGUUCUUCUGGAGCAGCUAUGCUGCCCAAGCUUACUACGCCAAACUGCGCAUAUACAACGAAGUUGGUCGGGAUGUUUCAUUGAUACCAGAUAAAGGGAAAAGCGAUGGUUUUCUGAUUCAACCAGGAAAACCUAUGGAGAUUACUUUGAUUGAUUUGUCCACUGAUGGUAAAUCUGUUUCGCCAGUAUUUUUCAACGUAUCUGACGUGGAAACAGGAAUGCCGUUAUUGAUCAACAACAAUGGAAAGCCACACGAAAUUUUGCCCACUGAGAAUCAGUCGGAAUACAUUGACCUGAUCAUUACUUCACCAUCUCCUGGUGCCAACCCUUCCUUUAUUUGGUUGACAACUACAUUGAAAAAUAGUCAAAUACCAACAAAUCCUCCAAUUGUUGUGAAUGGCGAAGUGCAGGUUGUUGAUGGUGGUAUUUUCAUGGAUGGUGCCAAGGGAUCUCUGACAGUAGGGGAGUUUGAUGGAGACUGCUUUGCAAAUCCAAUGUUAUGUGACCAAGGGAUGACUGUGGCUGGUAAAAUCAUGUUAGAUGAUAGUAUAUCAGCGUACAGCACACCAAAAUAUGUGAUUGAUUCUGGUGGCCAUCGCGGGCAAGGUUUCUCUGUUUAUUUACAAAACGGACAAAUGUUUGCUGAAAUCUCAUACAACAGUAAAAUGUGGAGAACUCGAAACAAUGUACCACGUAACAAAUGGUUAUUCUUUGUCAUCACUUGGGCCAAAGAUAAGGGACUGACAAUGUACAUCAAUGGUGAAUCUAACUCAAAAACAGAUGAAAUUGAAGUGCAAGAACACGGUGCUGAGAAGGACCCAAAGAUCACAAUAGGAAUUGAAAACACGAAUAAUGCUGAUACAAAAGCAAGCCUGACCAGUAACAUUUUCAUAUUGUUUGAUCAAUACGUUACCAAAACAGAAGCAUCGAAAAUAUAUGUUUAUUACUGGGGACAUUCCACUACAAUUUCUACCGAUCGUUUCAUUAACGUCAACUUCGAAAACAAAGCUGGCGAAGAUAUCGUCUUAUAUCCCGAUAAAGGCGAACACAAAACGAAUGGAUACUCCAUCAAACCUAGAAUGAUCCUAGAGUUACGUUUAGUAGAACAAGGCACUCAAACUAACUUCCCAGUCACAUUCCGAGCUAAAAGUACUGCCUCUGGAGAGUCAUUACCACUAGAUGGUGAACAGACAUAUGUAGCUACUCCUUCGGAGAAAUCAACUCAAGUGUUUAUUGUGGACAUCACAAAGCCAUUAUCUUGUCCAGAAGAAAAUGGGGUUUUCCCUGACCCAGGAGAUCAUUACUUUUUUGUGACGUGUAAUCAAGGAAUAGCACAACGGAAAAAGUGUCCAUCAGGAACCAUUUAUAGCAAAGAGAAUAAAGAAUGUAUUAAGGAGAAAGAUGACGAUAAAAAGACAACUGCGAAGAUUUCUGCUCAAGUCAAAUUCCAAAACUUAGCUGGUAAGGAUGUGACCAUCUUAGCUAAACCUGCCAUUGAAAGCAUUGCCAAAGAAAUCGAGUUAAAGCCUGGUUCAAGAGCAACAUUGAAGAUAGACGAAUCAUCCAUGGACGAACCUGUGAUAUUUUCAGCCAAGUGGACUGGUGAAGAAAAUGAACUAUGGUUGAAUGGUAACAAGACGUUUGAAGUGCAGCCAAGGACGGAAGCAAAUUAUACAGUAGAAAUCACUGUAACUGAUCCAGAAUUCUAUUACACUGCAACAACGUAUACAGCUGAUGGUGCAAAUGCAGGAACUGCUGCGAAGAUUUACCUUAAACUUGUUGGCGUGUAUGGUCAGACAAAUGAAAUCCAAUUGGUUGGAAGUGACGAUAAUGUGUUCAAAGCUGGAGAGACAGACACCUUCAAGAUCAAUGCUGGUAAUUUGGGAACAUUACAACGUAUUACCAUUCGAAAUGAUGACAGUAAUAAAGAUGUUAAUUCAUCAGACUGGCAUUUAGAAAAAGUUAUUGUAAACGAUACGUUGGGUAAUUCGUUCAAAUUCCCGGCAAAUGUAUGGCUUUCACAUGAACCAGGAAAACGAUUGGAGAUGACCUUUGAUUUGAACACUGGCGCUGUUGAUAGCAGUGGCGCAUCCAGCGGUGCUCAACCAGUAAACACAGCUAAAUUGGAUGUGGUGAACUCAUUAUUCCGAAAAGUAAACUUAAAGGUAUCAACAUUGGAGAAACCAUUUGAAUUAAAGGAAGAGUAUGUUGGCCAACUUACCAUCACGACACCAAGUAAUGCUGACGUAAACAUGACUGCAGUUGAUGCUGAUAGUGGUGUUUCUUAUUACAUAAAUGGCGAACUUGUUUACAAGGUACCUGUUAGAACUGCUGGCGUAUUAGAGAAGAUAUAUAUCGGUGACAAACGAAACGUCGCUAAAGAACUUAAGAAAUUCCGAAAUUACCAAACGCAUGUUGGAGUUAAGAAAAUGCUAGAGUCCUCAAGAACGGUCUAUGAAAAAGCCCAACGUCAUUCCGCUGUACCUAAAGCAGUAAUUAUGUUAUGGUUGGAUAAUCAUUUGGAGUAUGCAGUUGAAUUAAAGGAAAAGAAAAACAAGAUCAACCCAAUUAUAAUCCAAGGCAGGGAUUCAACAAAGUUUGGCAUAUCCCUUUCCUCAACAGGACCGUUUCAGUUCGAGGCCUUUCCUCUUAAAGGAAGUGAUCAAAAAAGCUUAUUAUUAAAUGAGAAACCAGUCUUGGAGAUUCCAUUGCAAAAGGAUAUUAACCAUUUCGUUCAUGUUGUCAUCACUGAAAGUGGAGACAAUAAAGCUAGUGGUGGUGGGACAGAACAGACAAUACCAAGCGCGCUUUCUGAUAACUCGACUAGCAGUAGUAAUAGCACUGAAGCAUCAAAGCCAGACGAGAAGUUUCCCACAAUGCAAACCAAGAUUAUAUUUAAUAAUAAAAUAAACCAUACGGUGAAAAUAUUCGAUAUUACUGGCGCAUUUAAAGCAUUUGAUGUUCCUGCAAUGCAACAAUAUCAACACACUGCAUCGAUCAAACAUGGUUGGCCAUUGCAGCUGAAAGCUGACAGUGGCAGCAAAGGAGAAAAAGCGUUGCUGAACGGACAGGAUAAGUACAAGUUACUUAUCACGCCCAACGAGAAAGAAGCACACGAGAUUGAUAUAACAAGUGUGGAAACAGAAACUGGUUUAUUAACAGUCAAUGACACUACUAGUAUACCAGUGAUAACAUCAAAGGUUGUCAGUGAUGAAGCAGGGCAGAACACAAUCUUGCUUAAUGUAAAUAAUACCUUAAGUAAACCAAUCCUUGUGACAGAGACCAUCAAUAAUCUUCAACCAAUAGUUAUACCUCCAAACACAGCAUGUAAAGUGGGCUUUUUGAUAAACGGGACUAAAUUUUUAAUUCUAACAGGGAUAGUGCUGGAUGAUUCUGCAGCAGGAAGCCAUGGGGUUUUACUAAAUGGGCACGAGAAUUUGGGCGUUCAAAUCAAGCUAAACCCUCAGGAUUUUAAUAAUAUUGAUGUAACAGGUGACGAUGUUGAUUUAAAUGACGAAUCUGUGAGUAAACCUAUUACACCUGUUUCGCCGCCGAAAAAAGUAGAAUCUUUAAGCGCUGAGGUUGAGAAAGAAACCGAAUCAAAAAUUAAACCCGUCUUGAAUGAAGAAAAUACGCAAGGCAAAAAUGAAUCGAGCAAAACUUUGGCUCCAAAUUGUGUAAAAGCGCCUUCGCAAAAUGAUACAUCAAGUACAGGACCUUCGUGUCAAAAAGGCCCUGAAAAAGAGCCAAUCAUUGUUGAGCAUGAAUUCCAAUCUACUGUAGAAUCUACGGAUGGUAGUACUAAAGUUACUAAUAAUUCAAAUGUUUUAUCUUUGACAAUGGCAACGGAGAACGGUACGGGUAAUGGUACUUAUGUGAAAGUAUCUACUACCACCACUACAGUGGGAGGUAGCAACGAUUCUCGUGUAGAAAACAAAUUGGUGACUAAUGCAAACACAUCCACUAAUAUGAACAAUACUGAAGAAGAUGUAAAGACAGAGGAGAUCAAUAAAAAAAUUGAUAAAGGUGAUAAUAAAACAGAGCAAACUGCGAAACAAGGGAAGCAAGUACAAACAAAUAUGGAGGAAGGAAAAAAUAAUCAAACUAAAGGAGCUGAAAAGGAGAAGAUAAAGGCAGACAAUAAUACUGCUGGAAAUGACACCAAGACGAUCGUUAACAACUUGAGUAAAUUUGAAAACACAACAAGUCACAAUAAAACAGGGAUGGUAAAUUCUAAGGAGAAAGAAGAAAUGGUAAUGAAGUUAAAUGAAACAGACAAGGUAAACAAAAACAAAUCUAAAAACUUCAAAGAAGAUGAAAAAAUGAAAGUCGAAGAGAAAGUUGGAGCCAGCAACAGCUCUUUGGCAAACAAUAACGGUCAAAACAGUGGAAAUGGAAGCAAAAUUGACAACGGCAAAACUACCAGUGUUAAUGCUACUGAUGUCGAGGAAAGUGAAAAGGAGAAAACUAAAGAAGUAAAUAAGAAUAACAAGCAGGAGUUUAAAGAAGAAAAAGCUAAAGAAGGUGAUAAGAACAAAACUAUGGAGAUUGAUAAUAAUCUAGAUGCGUUAAAAAAUAUAAGUGAGGAAGUUAAAGAUAAUAGCACAAAAGGGUUUGACAAAACAAAUACUAAGAACAAAACUACUGUUGGUGAUAAGGAAAAGGCUAAACUAGAAAAUUCUACAGAAUCUGAUACUAAGUAUGGCAAAGCUGAUAAUAAAACAGAGAAGGUAGGGAACAAGACUGAAAAAAAUGAUGAAAAGAACGAAAAAGUUGAUAAAAUAGUCAAUAACGUAACAGAGAAAACAGAAGAGGUAGGGAACAAGACUAAAAAAAUUGGGAAAAAUAACAAAAAAGUUGAUAAAAUAAUCAAUAACGCAACAGAUAAAACAGAACAGAUAGGGAUCAAGACUGAAAAAAAUGAUGAAAAGAACCAAAAAGUUGAUAAAAGCAUUAAUAACGCAACAGAACAAGCAGGAAAUCAUACAGAAAAUAGAAAACCAAAAAAUAAAAAUGGCACUGCUGAUGCAAGUCAUAACAGUGUUACUGUGGCUAAUAAGGAGACUGGAAGUGUCAAAAACAAAACUGAUAAUGCGAAUCAAAACACCACAAAAGUUGAUUAUAGAGAUGAUAAAAACAAGACCGGCAACAUCAAUUUUGUGGAUAAAGUUAGCAAAAACCGAACUGUAUUAAACAACAUAGAAACUGAUAACAAUAAAACACGUCUUGAAAAUGAAGCUAAAACUAACAGCUCAACUGAGAAAAGUCAACAGAGCAAGAAUAUGGACGAACUAGAGCAAAUAAAAGAGAUACUUAAAGAAGGGAAAGUUCAAAAUAAAAGCGACAAUGCAAAUAAGAUUUCAAAAGGAGAUACACUUGCGGCAGAAACCAACACCACCAUAAAUAAUGUUUCAAUAUCAGGAAAAGGAGAUAAUAAAACAGACUUGAAAUCAACUGGAAAAGAUGACGAAGAUGACGACGAAACAGAUCCAGAAGCAAACAUAAAGGAAAUUCCAGAUGUUAGCAAAAUCAAAUCAAAAAAACUGAAAGAAAAUACUCUUGACGAAUUGAUAAAUGGAAAAUUAAAAGUGCAUGGGAAAGAAAAUAAUGCAUCUGCCAUCGACGCAUCAAAUGGAGCUGACAGUGUCAAUAGUAAUAUCACUGAACCGUCAAAUUCAACUAAAAAUGAAACGGGCGCUUUAGAUAAAUUAGAGUCAGGAAAAGAUCCAAAGGUACCCGGAGGUUCUGCAACAGGUACUGGUUCAGCCAGCUCUGCAAGUUCGAGUGCUGGUAGUUCAAGCAGUUCAACAACGCAAGGGGGAAAAGCAACUAGCAAUACAACUGGUACAGGAAGCUCCACAGCCAGUGGACCAACAGACAUGCAGCUUCAGUUUACUGUAGUAAACAAGGCUGAAGAGAAUAUUACUAUUUCGGACAAAACUGGCACGUGGAAGAUGGACUUUCCAAUCGAGAGCGAUGACAGUCAGCCUCAAGUUGCGAUGACGUACAACAAAGAGAAAACAUUAAUUUUCAAUGCCAGCUCACAAGACGGUUCUCAAGAAUUGUUGAUUAAUGGACAGAAAGAGUUUGUUCUUGAUCCAAAUACUGCAACUGGAUUAAAAGGAUUCGUUGUACAUAAGGAAGGAUACGAUUGGAAGUCGGACUUAAAAUUCGGUUCAGUGGGUGGCGAUUCUCAAAGGAAGUUUUCCUACACUGCAGUUAACCAAGCUGGUCAAGAUGUCACCUUGGAAGAGGUGUCUGGAACCAACAUGAAAAUCUCAAUUGUCAAUGGUGGAUUAGUACAAGGAGGUCAGACACUAGCGGGACGAACAAGUACAGAACCAUUAAAGUAUAGAGCCGUGGGAAAGAACGGAAAGGAACUGCAAGUAAAUGGAAAAAAUGAAUAUGUGUUAAGUGAUGUCAAAUCAGGCAAUGAUGUAAAAACUCUUGUUAUCCAUAAUUCCGGUGAUGACUGGAAGAAAUAUGUUGACGCUGAUGGUAACAUUCCAGUAACAUCUGGUAACGCGUACAUGUUUAUCGUACCUAAUAUGAUUGAAGGUGAUAUUACAUUGACAGAAGAAACAGGUACUGGACUGACAAUGGACAUACAGAAAGGAGAUAUGGCACAAUUUAACAUCCCUAUGAGUACUCGAAAUAACCAAGCUUUCAGCUUUAAAGCUAUUGAGAAAGAUACCAAAACAGAAGUUCUACUUAAUGGGCAAAAAGACUUUGUAGUUGAUCAACCAGAAGCUGCAACGUUGACACCUAUAGUUGCACACAAGGAAGGUCAACCCUGGGAGAAAGUUCAGUCAUCGUUCUUAGGUACUGGUAACACAGGAGCAAUGAACGCCUUAAAACUUGUAUUUUCGAAUGGUAAAGGAGAAGAUGACAUUGUGAUUAAGGAAGAAAACGGAAAUUUCAAAGAGUUAGUUGUACCGAAGGGAGCGAUAAUGAUGACUGUGAAUUUAAGAAUACCCGAGCGAAUCUCCAAACUGAACAUAACUUCCCAUCAGUCUACCUCAAAACAGAAUAUUCAAUUAAAUGGAGAAGGCUUCCUAUUAAUUGACCCCAAAACACCUCCAGCACUUAUAGUAGUACAUAAGAAAGGCGUUGAUUGGCAAAAAGAGAUAUCUUCUAUUCAGUCAAAUGCUCAGACGGGUAUGACUGGAAGUACGACAUCGGGUGGGCAACAGAAAACGUUUAAAAUACACGUGAGAAAUGAUGUUGAUCAGAAUAUACAAUUCCGUGAAACAGCCCCAGCUGUUGGUCCUGUAGUUGAGGUUCCUAAAGAUGUCACUGCAGGAGUGGAUUAUGUAGACAGAGACCAGAUGGGUAAAUUGGUGUUUGAAGCUGUCGGGAAAAAUAAGGAAACUGGCAAGGAAAUUAAGUUCUUAUUAAAUGGCCAACCAAAUUUUGUUGUGGAUGAGCAAAAUUUAUCAUCCACUGGUGAAUUUGUUGUGGUUCACAAACAAGGUGACGAAUGGGAAAAGACACUGGCGAGCAUGAGACAGAAAGCUGCUGCCGGAGGCACACCACUAGGCGGAAGCAUGGCAACUCUAGGCGGAAGCACGGUUAUGCCAGGAGGAAUAAACGGAACAACUACAACGAUGACUAGUGACGGCUCCCACACAACUAUGGGAGGGGGCAUGGCUAAUGGUCAGAACGGUAAUAUGACAACCACAAGUGGUAGUAACGGAGCUGGUGGGAGUAUGAAUAUGGGUGGGAUUGGCGGGAUAUCUACAAUCAGCAAUGGAAUGACAGGCGGUUCAAACGAAACAACAGUUAUAAGUGGAAAUGGUGACAUGACCUCUACUAGCGGAGGAAAUGGAGGAGCAACAGGAGGCCAAAGCGGAAACACGGCUAUUGGACAAAGUGGCGGAAUGACCACGGUUGGCAGUGGUAGUAGUGGAAUUAGCAGUGGCCAAAAUGGAAGUACCACAACGGGUAGAAAUGGUGGAAUGACCACUGUUGGCGGCGGUGGUAUGAAUGGUAUGGCUGGUGCUGGUGCUGAAAUUACCACAAUUGGCGGUGGUAGCAGUGGAAUGAAUGGAGGCCAAAAUGGAAGUACCACAAUGGGUGGAAGUGGUGGAAUAACCACCAUUGGUAACGGUGGUGGUGGAAUGACAAUUAGCGGUGGCAUGAAUGGCAUGGCCGGUGGUCAGAACGGAAGUAUGGCUCUAGGAGGGUCUGGUGGAAUGACCACAAUUGAAGGUGGGGGUAGUGGAAUGGGUGGCGGUCAAAACGGAAGUACAAAUUUAGGUGGUACUAUCGGUGGAAUUGAUGGUAUAGGCGGAGGUCAAAAUGGUAAUUCCAAGUCAGUGCAAGGUGGAGGCGGACCUGCUGUUGGAAACUUUUUUAUGCUGAAUGCAGCAAACCUUGCAAAUGAGGAUGCUGUCCUCAAACAGGAGGAUGGACAAGAAUUCCCGAUCAAUAAAAAAGCAACGUUAUCAGCAGGACUUCAAGGGAACGGUUCCUAUGUAUUUACUGCAAAAGGUAAAUCCGGGACCUCGUUAUACAUCGAUGGAGAAUUAAAAAAGACGCUAACAGAAGCAGACAUGCCAGCUACAUUAGUUGUCCAUGAAAAAGAUCAAGAUUGGGAAGAUGAAUACAAUGCGAUGAAAAUGACAGACACGUCCGGUGAAAUUGGUGACGGUGGUACUACAAAUGGUAUGCUUAUUCCCAUCGCGAAUAUAGCUGAUCCAUCGAAAGCUAUCACAGUGAAAGUGAAAGGCGAUUCCAUAGAUUAUGAUAUCUUACAGUACGGUAAUAUCCCAUUGAGUGGUAAAGAUGAGUAUACGCUCUCCACCGUAGAUGGGAAAUUAUUGAAUGGUGAAGAGACGUUAAAGAUUCAAGCUGGGAAACCAAUUGCUGUUAUCAUACACAACAAAGGACAAGAAUGGUCUAAAUCUAAAGAUAGCCUUCAACCAUUACUUACUGCCAGUAACGCCAUGGGUGGCAACGGCAUGGGUGGCAUGUCUGGUAUGACUGGUAUGAAUGGUAUGACCGGUAUGAAUGGAAACACUGGCAUGAACGGAAUGACCGGUAUGAACGGAAUGACCGGUAUGAACGGAUUGACCGGUAUGAACGGAAUGACCGGUAUGAAUGGAAUGACCGGUAUGAAUGGAAUGACCGGUAUGAAUGGAAUGACCGGUAUGAAUGGAAUGACCGGUAUGAAUGGAAUGACAAAUACAGGUGGGUUAUCUGGUGUGAGCGGGGUAAACGGUGGAAAUGCUUCAUCAACCAGCAUCAGUGGUAUGGGUGGUGUAAAUGCUACGGGGAUGUCCGCUAUGGACGGUAUAAAUGCCAUGAAUAGUAUGACAACUGGAAGCCAUGGUAGUGGUGAUUUGCGACCCGUUUCCGUCAAACUAAUAAAUAAAGCCAGCAAAGAUGCUACUAUAUUAGUCAAUAACAAUGAACCUCGGAACGUCCCACAGGGGUCUAUAAUAACCAUGAACUUUAUGCUGUCUGCUCAGCAGCCACUUCUUUUAACGGCGACAUCAGGGCCAGAAACCCUUCUUCUUAAUGGACAGUCGGGAUUUACAUUAAAUAGCGAAGGUUUGGUGGAUGAAAUUAUAAUAACAGAUAAAUCAGGCUCGUCUACAACCAACAGUUCAGCCCCACCAAUGAUGGGUGGCCACCAAACACUCUACGGAAAGCUCAACUUUAAAAACCAAGCUGACAAAGAAGUUAAAAUAUCUGAGUUGUCUGGUAUAGGGGAGCCAACCAUGCUCUCUCCCAACUACGUUAGCACGUUCUUUGUGAAAUCUCCCAAAGUUAGUGCAACGUUUCGGGCAGAAGACCCCGUAAGUAAGGAGGAAUAUCUACUUAAUGGAAAAGAUCGGUUUGAGAUAAAACUCAGUGAAAAUCCAAAAUCCGAAACAGACGUGAUAAUUUCGAAAGACACCGCGGCGAAACGUGCACACGAAGUAACUAAUCAAAUAUGCCAAGAGCCAGUUGACACAGGACCAUGCAUCACUGCUCUACAAUACGAAACGCAAGUUGAAACUGCACAAGGAAAGAGCGAAACUUGCAAAAAAUAUUUGGAGGACUUACUAAACAAAUGUAGUUGGAGAAAUACUUCGUACAUCGCUGCUGAUUGCGUAAAAAGUUGCAAUGCAAACGAUUCCGAAGUAUGCGAUAGAAUAUGGAACAUAGAUAAAUGCACAACAACGAUGACAAGAUACAGCUAUUCGCCGGCUACGAAAUGUGCUGCAAUUAAAUUCGGCGGUUGCCUUGGAAACAAUAAUAAUUUUGCCACUCCCCAGGAGUGUUCAAACGCUUGUUUACCAGAAACAAAGGAGAAACGAGUCGUACGGAAUAUAUACGAGCGAAGAAUGAAAAAGGUAUUAAAUAGAGCGAAAUUGGUCGAAACUUUGUCUCAGUUAUACCGUUAAAAUUCCAUAUGUGACCGUUUAUUCAAGUGUUGAACACUUGACAAAAAAGACUGAUGAAACGCGAACUGACGCGAAAUUUAUGAAAGAUAUGUAAGAAGAAAUAUUUUGAUAGACUGCUAUAUUAUUAUGAAGAAUGAAGGAAAAAACGAAGAAAUGAAGAGUUUUUAUAUGAGAUUUCUUCCAUGGAGGAAGAUGAAAAUGUUACUCGAGUAAUGUAGUAACAUGAAGAAGAGAUACGCACGUUAUUUAUUUUUUUAAAAUUAAAAAUUAAAUUUGUAAAUUAUAUUUUAGGAUGAACAGAGUAAAAUUCUAUUUUUAGUUGAAAUUAAAAAAUUGUAUUUUCCUGAUUGAUAAGAGAAAUAAAAUUAACUAAAUCUGAUUAAAAAA